UUCGAACACUAUUUUAAAUUUACUUUCCGAAAAUAAUGCCAAAAUUUCAAAAGUUCUUAAGACUAACUUUUCUAGGGUUAUAUUACAUUUCAUAUUUUAACCGGUCGUCCAAAAAAAUAUCUUACCAACAAAACACAAAAUCUUAUACAAAAUUUUUCAAAAUCGGUGCGAUUCCAUUUUUAUCGGCGUUUAUAAAAACCCAAAAAUCAGACCUAUCAUCAAUUUCCAAAAACAAAACUGAUGCAGAAAAAAAAAUUUUACAAUCAAUUCGUGAAGCUCAGGAAUACAUUCUCAAUGGAAACCUUCAAGAAGCUAAACAUAUACUUAAAGAUGCUAUUAAGAUUGCCGAUGACAAUGAGUCCUUUGAAAACAUUUCCUACUUGUGCGAUCUCCUGUCAUCGAUCAUCCUAAGCGAAGGUGAUUUUUACGAAGCUGAAAGCGUUUUAGUGAAAUUCACCGAGAGACUUCUUCAAUUGGGUUAUUCAGAAACUCAUAAUACUAUUGUAACGUUCAAAUUGAAAUUAGCAAGAAUUUAUCAGCUACUUGGUAGUUUGGAAAUGGCUGAGUAUGGCUUUCGUGACUGCAUACGGGUACAGGAAAACAAACUUCAAGAACUGAAACAGUUAGACGAAGAAUCUAAUGGAAUUUACUUAACUGCUUUAUUUUGGUAUGGCAAGCUGUUGGCUGAUCAAAAGGAUUUCAAUAAAGCACGACAGAAAUACAAGUGUUGUUGGAAAAGAAUUUUAAAAUCAACAACAGUUGUUCCCGCUCAGAAAAUGGUUGUCUUGCAUAGUAUUGCUAACGUUUCGGCUAGCUUGAAUGACUUUGACGAAGCACUAGAUUACCUCAAUGCUGCUUUAGAAAUUUGUAUUAGUGAAGACCCAAACAAUAAAGACUUACCUAUAUUGGUUGUUCAAGUGGGUUUGAUUUUGAUUCAAAAACAGGUAUAUGAAAGUGCUUUAUUGUGGUGUCAGGCUGGACAUGAACUAGCAACAUUUGAAGGGAAUGAAAUGGCGAAGAAAGAAGGUGAAAAGUGUUUAAAAGAACUCACAAAAUUAAAAAUCAUACCAUCAUAAUAAACAUAAAU